UUUUUAAACAGUUUUACUAUUAUAGUAUUUCGAUUAGUAAUUCGUAAAACGUAUGUACAAACAUCGUACCAAUCUGAAAAAAAUUCACACGGAAUGUUUUAAACGUAGUAGGUGCAAUAUUAUAUACUCGUGCUUAAAUUGUUUAAUUGGGUACUAAGCUUAGGUACUUUUUGUAAAGAUUUUGAAAUUACUUAUUUAAAAAAAAAUUAAAUUGUUAUUCUGUUUUAAUAGUCUAAAGUAGACCAUCACGUAUUAAAGUGCGAGUUUGUUUAAGUAAUGUUUUAGUCAGAGCAUAGUUCCUUAAGAAUAUUUUCUUUAAAUUAUUUUGCUCAAUAAGAGAAACAGAGUUUUUUUACCGAAAUUCUAAGGUCGCGCUAGUUCGUUAAACCUAAUAUUUUUAUCUCCAAAGUUUGCUACGUUAUAAAGACCCAAUUUGAGGCUUAUUAUAUUAACUGAAUAAUUUGAGGUCGUCCUUAUCCGAGAUGUCAUCUGAAAGGGAAAAUGUAUUUGUCAAGGAUAGAUUUUUGUUUUUAUGGUAACUAAUGAUAGUCAAUUUAAGUUCAUUUGUAGCCUUAAAAUAGUUUUUUUCUAAGCACAAAAUGAUGAGUAAUCUAUGUAGUUUUGAUUCAAUUCAAAUACUAGCGUUUUUUCGUAUUUAUUUUCGGUCUUAUUCUAGGACUUUUUAUUCUAGGAAGGCUUUUUUAGUCUUAGGACCAGUGUUCUGCACAUUAUUGAGCAUACGUAUACGUCCGCUUCAGACACUUAAUUAUUUUAAUUGUUAACAGGCUAUUUCGCAGGAAUGACCUAUAGGGUCAUGAAAUAUAUUUGUUUCCCAAAAAAGAAAAUUGAUAAGCCUUUACAAAUUAUUGAAUUAACAGAGCAUUUGAAACAUUUUUUUUUUUAAUUUAAGGUCAUAUUAUAUCGAAUUUAAAUGGAUAUUAUAGGUUUGAACUUGGUGCAAUCUUGUUUAAUCAGUGUUGGAAUAACGCAUUCGAGUAAAUGCAAUUAGGUACGCUUGCAAAUAAUCGUAUUAGAGGUCCGCUGGCGCCAAUCGUCGCAAAUCCUUGCGUUUGAACGCGUCGAGUCGCCGUCAACCAUAGUAUUUUGCAAUAUUUGUUGUUGAAUGGACGUACAUAACGUCCCAUUACCGAUCCCCGGUGGGAAAAAUAAAAAAUAAAUAAAUCGUCAUAUAUAUGUGUGGAAAAACUGUGUAAAAUAUAUAAUUUUUCUGUAUAUUUUCUUUAAUUAGUAACAGUUGUCGCCAAAAGAGGUCGAAAGUAAAUGGCGUUACGUCAUCAAAUGUACGAAAUGAUUGCUUUUGGAAAUGUGUUUUUAAUAGUUACCAUAAAUGUGUUUUUUAUCUAAUACCAAGAGAAAUGUGGCUAAAGAUGUGUAAACGGACUAGUUGUACUUGUAACAUAUUAUCUAAAAAUUUAAGUGAUAACAUAAACAGGUAUACGGUGAUCAAAUUAUGUGUGAAGAAAGUUUUGGAUUACUUCAAAAAGAUAAUUGAAUAUUUUGUCCGAAGCCGUAGCACCACCAUAUUUACAUACACAGACGGCACCUACGAAGAGGAGUACAGCUGCUGGCCACCAGCCAUCUGCAUGAUCAUCAUAUCCAUAGCGGAGAUCGUUCUGUUCUGCUAUGACGCCGCCCAGGGCAAGACCGACGCCACGGGACCCAUCGCGCAGCUAUUUAUAUACAACCCUCACAAGAGGCAGGAGGCGUGGCGGUUCUUGACUUAUAUGCUCGUUCAUGUUGGCGUAGUCCAUCUCCUGGUUAACCUGCUGGUGCAGUUGUUCCUCGGCGUUCCUCUGGAGAUGGUCCAUCGAUGGUGGCGAGUGAUCCUGGUAUACUUGGCCGGUGUGGCAGCUGGAUCGCUGGCCACCAGCCUCACUGAUCCAAAGGUGUACCUUGCGGGUGCUUCUGGAGGAGUGUACGCGCUUAUAGCUGCUCAUAUAGCUACUAUUAUUAUGAAUUGGGCGGAAAUGGAGUUCGCGAUAAUCCAACUGCUGGUGUUUCUACUGCUGGCGUCGGUGGACGUUGGUACCGCGGUGUACGACCGGUACUGGAGACACCUGCAGCAGAACAUUGGCUACGUGGCGCAUCUGGCGGGAGCAGUGGCCGGUCUCCUCGUAGGCAUAGGAGUACUCCGGAACUUAGAGAAGAGAAAAUGGGAGAAGCGGUUAUGGUGGGCGGCAGUUGUACUAUACUUCUCACUGAUGAUAGCCGGGGUGCUUGCCAAUAUCUUCUGGACGUCGCAUUUCGAAACUACGAGUACAUAGAACAAAGAAAUUCUUCUAGAACAUUCUAGUUAUAUUCUCGAAUUUUGUAAAGGAGCUUCUAAAUAGGCAGUUAUAAAGCUGUGUUAACGAUUUAGACGUGGUGGUGGACGCAACUUUUUUAUCAUCAUGACCAAACCAUCGCCGGCUCAUUACAGAGCACGGGGUUUCCUUUCAGAAUGAGAAUGGUUUUGCCAUAGCUGGCCAAGUAAGGAUUACAACAACAUAAAAUUCAGUCAAAAACUGUUCUAAGUUAGUCACUGAUGUCAAAGGACUCUAUAGAAAAUGUAUAUUUUACGUUCCAUUACAUACAGUGCAAAAAAAAAAACUAAAACAAUAUAUUAUUAUUUAAAUAUCUCGCGAAAACAAUAUGGCGCCUUAUAUGUCAUCGUGACGUCACUUGCUUGUAUUUUGUACGAAAUUACACUCUAUACGCAACUGUUUACAAGUAGUUGACGUCAUCAACCAUUCGGCCAAUUCACAGUCGUUUACGAUCACGUGACUAAAGUAGACAAAAA